AUGAAUAAGGGAGACCCACCAUCUGUCCCCCUACGACCCACCAUCUGCCCCCUACGACACACCAUCUGCCCCCUACGAUCCACCAUCUACCCACUACGACCCACCAUCUACCCCUACGAAUCAUCAUCUGCCCCCUACGACACACCAUCUGCCCACUACGACACACCAUCUGCCCCCUACGACAUACCAUCUGCCCCCUACGACCCACCAUCUGCCCCCUACGACCCACCAUCUGCCCCCUACGACCCACCAUCUAGCCCUUACAACCCAACAUCUGCCCCCUACGACACACCAUCUGCCCUCUACGACCCACCAUCUACCCCCUACGACCCUACAUCUACCCCUUACGACCCACCAUCUACCCCGUACGACACACCAUCUGCCCCCUACGACACACCAUCUACCCCUUACGACACACCAUCUGCCCCCUACGACACAUCAUGUAUCCCCUACGACACACCAUCUGCCCCCUACGACACACCAUCUGCCCCCUACGACACACCAUCUGCCCCCUACAACACACCAUCUGCCCCCUACAACACACCAUGUAUCCCCUACAACACACCAUCUGCCCCCUACAACACACCACCUGCCCCCUACAACACACCAUGUAUUCCCUACAACACACCAUCUGCCCCCUACGACACAUCAUGUAUCCCCUACAACACACCAGCUGCCCCCUACAACACACCACCUGCCCCCUACAACACACCAUGUAUCCCCUACGACACACCAUCCUCCUCUACGACACACCAUCUGCCCCCAACAACACACCAUGAAUCCCCUACAACACACACCAUGUAA